AUGCCUGCAACCCCAAGUGAAUCCAGCCUCUCAGAGUUGGAUUCAAGCCUAUCUGCACUCAGCCUCCUGUCCGACUCUGAUAACGAGCCCCUGAUUAACCGGCACCCUGUGCACCCCCAACCUCCAGAAGAACGAAUGAAGGCUACCUCGGUUCCACACUCUGACUCAGAUGAUGAGCCCCUGAUUAAACGGCGCACAGCGCAACCCCUACCGCUGGAACCCACGCAGGCCACCCUGGUUGAUUCCGACGAUGAGCCCCUGAUUAAACGGCGCACAGCGCAACCCCUACCGCUGGAACCUACGCAGGCCACCCUGGUUGAUUCCGACAAUGAGCCCCUGAUUAAACGGCGCACAGCGCAACCCCUACCGCUGGAACCUACGCAGGCCACCCUGGUUGAUUCCGACGAUGAGCCCCUGAUAAACCGGCACCCAGUAGCUGGGAAAUCAUCUGUUCGGAACAUUCCUGCUAAGAAGAAACGGAUAAGGAAAAAAACUUCGUAUGUCCUCCAAUCCUAUGCUCAGUUAGCAAAGACCUCAAUUUUAUGCUUUUGCUAA